AUGGACUCUCGGAUUGCCAUGAAGCUGCACGCGACGCUCGUGGUGCCGCUGUGCAUCGUAGCGACAUGGCGCAGUGCUACUGCCAGGGUUCAGCUUUGGGGCUCCUUUUUGCCUUCUGGCACAUCAGCCUUAAUUACUCAUGCUCAGUCUGCUGAAAUCCAGGCUAUAUCGCUCUUCUUCUGCGCAGGAUACGCCACUUCCUUAGCCUGGCCUGAUCUCUUUUGCUAUGAAGAAACCCAAUGCCUCGUCUACGAUAUCAAGCCGAAUGCCCAAAUCGCACUUCCACCGACUCUCACAUCCUGUUGGACUAUAAAAGGUCCAUGUAGCGUUCCCUUCACGGAUGUGGCUGAUGUAGGAUGCGUGUAUUUCCAUCCUGUGACCAUGCCCUGGAGCGACGCCCGGACCUUCUGCCAGGAUAUGGGUGCCGACCUUCUGGUGCCAAGCGAUUACAAUACAUUUCUUACUUGGGGAGAGAUCGAAGGGCUCACCACGAAAGAACCGUGGUUAGGAGCAAGUGGCACAACCUGGCUGGACGGAAGCGCCGUGCAGAGGCCGAAUCUGAUGGCGAACGAGUGCCUCAGGUUACACUGGGGCCCGAAUGUUGGCGACAGUCCCUGUACUAAUUCGAAUCCGUUCCUUUGCGAACUGACGGUUCCUUAGGAACAUCGGAUUCAAAGAUCGACAAAUAGGAAGGGCAGUUUUGAUGGAAAUAGCAUUGCAUAGCAUUGAAAUAUAGAGACAGAAGAAGAUAGGAGAAAGAGUGAGAAAAGAAAGAGGAAGAACAUAAUCGUGUUUAAAAUCUUAAGCACGAGUAGAGUUUAUAAUUUCUGUAAACUUAGAAUGAAAAGCAUGGGUCUUAUUAUUAUGCUUACUGAUUAGCUAGUCCUCCCAAAUCAUACAAGAUGGUUUGUUCAUAAGCACUGCCUAGCAAUUAAAGUUUCCUUGGGCGGGAUUCGCAGCCGACUUUCUACCUUAUUGACGUCAUAAUGUCGACCUAAGUUAUGCGCUGUUGCUUACACCGUUUCCGCGUAUGAUAACAGAAUGAAAGUCUGCAGUCAUUUCCUUUCGGCAUUUUGCUGGUGGUGUCGUAUGCGCUGUAGUGAGUAAAGGUGUAUGAAUGGAGUUUGCUAGCGUGAAGUGUGGUUGCUGUGACAAAGAAUACCGUUUACUGUACAGUGGGACGACAUAUCAGAGUACGACUUAUUUCGUGGUUUUCUGUUGUCGUUUAAUAUCACUGAUUGAUAUAGGUACAUUAAUUUGUAUAAUAUAUUCUUGUUCCAAUGUUUACACUAUGGCUUGAAGAUG